AUGGACGAUGCUAUUUUGGCGCAAGUGAUUGCGAGAUCCCAGAAGGACGCCGAUAUCGCCUCAGUGGAAGAAUCCGCCUUGUCUGUGGCAAUUGCUGCCUCCCUGGAGCUUGCUAACGCGAAUGUCAACAACAACACGCCAAACAAUACCGCCGCACUCGACGGAGCAGCAGGAGACGCCGACACGACACCAAACCCACCGACCGACGAAGAAAGCAUCGACACCCUGCUCAAGGACACUCUCGGAGACGACGACGACGACGAAGUCCAAUUGGCAGCGGGGAUCGAAAAGUGUCCCCAUCUCAAGGAAGCCGUCAAGUUGCCCAAGAUCCGAAAGACUCUAACUGCAACCCACCCAGUUCCUGCAGACUUGGACCACUGUCAUGGAUGUCAGGAUCAACACGCAAAAUUUACGAGUAUCGCUCAACAGUUGGGGGUGCCACUGUCUAUAUUGGCCUUAUCGGACCCCAUAGAUGACAUGUUGGAACCCUUACCGCUGGACGCUUUGUGGCUCUGUCUUGCGUGUUCUGAGAUCAAUUGUGGGAGGAUGUUUAAGAAACAUGGCGUUGCGCAUCAUAACAAGGUUACGAAUAAUCAUCCUUUGGCUAUGAACCUCGGGUCCAUGGACGUUUGGUGUUAUGAGUGCGAUGACCAGGUGGUGACAUCCAAAGACAAGAACCCAAUCCUUCAGGAAUGUCAGGCACUCCUUGCCAGAACUCUUCAAGGAAAGCAAGCAAAGGCCAGAGAGGGCUUGCUAGCACAAUCCAGGAAAGGGAAGGGCCACAAAGACAGCAAGGUCAAGGUCUACGCACCAGGACUCCAGAACCUCGGCAACACCUGCUUCUUCAACUCGGUCAUGCAAGUCCUGGUUGAAACAAAGUCCCUCCGCGAGAUCCUCUCCGACAACAACAACAACAACAACAGCCACUCCUCCAAAUCCAUCUCUGCGACCACACGAACAGGACUGGGGCCUUUAACGACGAAUUUCAAGGACUUUUUGUUCACCAUGUGGAAACAAAAGGGUGGGACCGUGACCCCUCGAGAUUUGUUUACGCAGAUUGCGAAGAAGUGGAAGGUUUUCCGUGGAUUUCGGGAGCAAGAUAGUCAGGAGCUGAUGCGGCAUUUGUUGGAGGGUAUUCGGCAGGAAGAGGCUGCCUUAAUCAAAAAGCGACUUGCCGAGGAAGAGCAGCAGCCGCAAGUUGGCGAGGAGGCCAAGUCGGAGGUCGCAGCGCCACCAAAGUAUGUCCCUUUCAUUGACACUUGCUUCUCUGGAAAGCUCGUUAGUGUCAUUGUUUGUGACGCGUGCAAGAAGUGCUCUUACGCGUACGAGAACUACUACGACCUCUCACUGCCCAUCAAGGGAGCCUCAGUAUCGAUCGGUAGUGGAAGUCUAGUGGACCGUCUCAGGGCGAAAUCACGCGCGACCGGGUACGAGCUCACGCGUUCAUCCGACUCGAGUAACGGUCAAGGGAUCUUGGAGGCUGACCAGGGGUCCGAAGAGCACUGGCGUCAUGUCGAGAAGCUGCUCAAGAACGUCCCCUCCCGGUCGCCCAACUCCGAGGUACUGUCAAUUGAGCGGUCGUUGAUCCAGUUCACUAAUGUCGACCUUUUGGAUGGCGAGGAUAAGUUUGCCUGUGAGAACUGCUACAGGUUGGUGGAGUCGUACAAAGCACAGGACGGCACGACAGUGGAGGAAGAUGGCGCGGCAGAGAAGGAGGAGAAAGAGGGGAAGGAGGAGAAGGAGGAGAAGGAGGAGAAGGAGGUGAAGGAGGCGAAGGAGGUGAAGGAAGUGAAGGAGGUGAAGGAGGUGAAGGAAGUGAAGGAGGUGAAGGAGGUGAAGGAGGUGAAGGAGGUGAAGGAGGAGAAGGAGGAGAAGGAGGAGAAGGAGGAGAAGGAGGAGGAGGAGGAGAAGGAGGAGAAGGGGGAGGAGGAGGAAGAGAAGACCGAGACAAAGGACAGUGCUGCUACCGCCGGGAAGCCAAAGGCGUCGAAUGCUAUUCUUCGUAGGGCGUACAAGCGAUAUCUCGUCUCAAGUCUCCCGUCGACGCUGGUCAUCCACCUGAAGCGGUUCGAGCACACAACCACAUCGUUUGGACUGACGAAGAAGAUAGAGGAUCACGUCGAUGUCCCUACCGAGCUCGACAUGGCUCCGUUCUGUAUACCCAGGAAUGAGCUGUACGACGAGACCGAGACUGAAGCCAAGGAGCUUGCGGCCGCCGAUGGCUUUGCGAGUGGAGAAACUGGCAGCGGAUCGACAAAGUACAAGCUCUACGGCGCGACAGUCCAUCAAGGUUCACUAGCCACGGGCCACUACACCAACUUUGUCCUCUCCUCCAAGGUCGAAGUUCCGCCUACCCCUGUCCUAACAGAGCCUGGCAAGCCAUCGACGACAACGACAGCGGUUUCGAACGGAGUCGGGGUUGUCUUACCUGAUAUCCCGCUUUCAGAGAUGAUGACUCAGCAGAGUUCGAAGAAAAAGAAGAAAAAGGGCGGUGGAGGUGGAGGUGCUGCUGCUGCUGCAACGAAGAAAGGGGCUGCUGCUGGUGGACCAAAUGGUGCAAUCUCCCCUGCGGUCGUGUCGUUGGAGAGUACCACAGCGGAGAGGACCGUGAACGACGACGGUGGACUCACGAAGAUGGACGGCGUUGUUCCCGAGCCUGUGAAGGAUACUCGAGAGUGGAUCUAUUGUAGUGACACCCAGGUGCGGCCUGCUACUUUGGAUGAGGUGCUUGCGAGUCGUCCGUACCUCCUUUACUACGAACGGUGCUAG